AAAAUACUGUCUUACAUCUGAAUCGACAACCUUUAUCAAAGUCUGUGACGAACUGCCAGCCCGAACACCAUAUUAUCCCGACUAACGCCCAAUAAAGCUGUGAAACGAAACAUUCAGAGAAACUUGGCAAGCUUUUCUAAGGUCAAAAGAGCACCACUUUAUUGUGCAGUUAUCAGUGCAACUAGAUUAUAUUUAGAUUAAAACUAAUGAUACAGAGCCCAGUCAGGAACUGUAUGUACCAAUAAUAAAAACAUCUUCAAAUCCAUUAAAAGUAUACACUUCCAGGUCAAAGAUCAGCUGAUAAGACUAAAAAUACUGCACUGUAAAUGCUGUGAGAGACUAUGAUUGGCAUCAUUCCCUCAAGCAUGGCUCUAAAAAUUCAUAUAGUAUGGUGCAAAGCCAGAGGACAAAAGAUACCUGGAUAAAAAAUAAAGUUUCCAAAAAAGAAAGAAAUUUACUUGGGUAUAAAUGGAGCAUGUUUUCCCUGUAAUUGGUCCCCAUAUGAAUAUUUUCCAUUUCAUCCACUGCAAUAUUUUACAAGAAAAUAGGUUUAGCUCUUCACUUCAGCCAAAUUCAGUGCCAGAGUCUUUAAUGCAAGAGCCCAAACUAGAUACCACCACCCUGGUGAACAUUCCCUGGAAAGCUGCCUUCGAGUCCGAUGACUCAGGUCAGAGCUGUGGAUGUUAUGAAUGAAAGGGAAGAGGCGAUACAUCAGCACAGUGACGGUGCAAAGAGCUGUGAUUGACUCAACCUGGUGUGGGAAUAGGAGGACACUCCAAAGCGCGACGGAAAUAGCCGGUGUGCUGCAAGUCCUGAAUAAGUGUGGGAGGGUGAAAGGGUCAGCUGUCUCUAGGGCAGGAAUGACACAGAAAGCAGGAGCGACCGAGAGCAGCAGAAGCUUCAUUACUGGACACGAAUCUACAGCAAAUUACUGAAAUACACAAAGACUGUACAGAUUUGAAGAAACUCAGAAGAAAGGGAGGAAGGAACUGGGAAUUAUUCACCUUCUAGGAAAAGAGGAGGUCAGUCGCAGACUUCAGAGACAGCUCUUUCAUCCAAACCAAGGAGAAACUGUCUGUCUCGGUCAAAGCGAUGUCUGCUCUCUAUCUGUCAAAAGUGGCACCUAAGGAAUCAACACACAGUUCGGAACAAGACCAGUCACGUAAAUCUGGGAAAGGAGUAAAACUAGUCAAGAUGUCUGAAGCCUCAACAUCCCAGCAAAGGAAGGACGAGAUUCCUCCACCUCCUUCUGCCGGAUGUCAAUCAGGACGGGAAGAUUUCUCUGGAGCACAUCCUCAACAACACAUGGCAUCGCAAAUUUCCAAAGAAAAGUUCUACCAACAGCGGAAGAAAUGUGAGCUAAGAAGGCUCCUGAAGCACACACACCCAGAGCUGAAGAUGCUGGAUGAUGUUGUGGAUGAGGAGCUCGCUGAGGUUUUGAGCUCAGAAGGGUCGACAGCUGGUGAAAUUGGAUACGAGGGAGAGGUCUUUUCAAGAUGCCUGAUAUUUGAGAACUGCGGCCAGAGGAACCAAGUCUCUCCUUACACCUCCAAGACACACAUGGCAGAAGGAACAGUGGAAAGAUGUGAUUUCAGUAAAACACCAGCUGUUUCUGAGGAGCCUCAUGCUGAAAGUGUUAAAGAGAUCACAGAGGAUGACAAAUCAGUUGGAUUUAGUCCAGAUCCUACCAGAGAGUGUGAGGAGGAGAUGAUAAGAAUAGAUGUUCAGGCGACCAGAAGGAUAUUUGAGAAUCAGUCUGUGAACACAUCCAGGCCAAAUCCAGAUAAUAAGUUCCAGGGGAAAGUUUCUAUUUCUGAGGAUGAGACAAAGGCAGUCCAAAAACAAAAAAAGCAGUUUGAAAUAUGUAGCAAAGACAAUUUACACAGCAAAUGUAAAAGCAUGAACACAGAUGUGGGAGUGUCAUGUUCUCAUGAUGUUGGUAAAUGCACGGACAUUUCUGGAGAAGAGGUUUCUUCUGGUGAAGCAUUCUUUGAGGAGGACUCCACAAGCCUUCCUGAUUCAGAGAGAUUCACUGAAACAAUAAAAACAAGUGCAGCUCUUUUGCAAAACAACCCUUUUAUCUCAACAAACAUAGAAAGAGAACACUCCUAUGUGAAUACGGGAAAAACUCAAAUUCAACCAAGAGACAGCAGGGCAGCUGAGGAAUACCUCACAGCUAAUGUAAAGAAUAGGACCCAUCUGUUUGAAUCGAUGCCUUUUGACAAAAUCAGGCAUCAGAACAAGGAUGAAAUUGAGACAAUGGUGGAAAAUAUCAAGGAAACACUGAAUUUCCUCUACAGUGUUGAAGCCAUACAGUCAACUGGCUCAGUCAUUGAGGUGAAUGAGACAAUGAUUGCUAAAAAGGCUAAAUUCACGCUGUCAGAGAGCGGGCCUGAGAUCAAAUACGAUGAGGUGGCAGAAGGUGGCGCUCAAAACUUCAUAGUCCAAUUGCUUCCACGGAUAAAUCUAAAGCCUCAGAUCACUUACCUAAAAGAGGAUAGUAAAGGGUGUAUGGAGGCCACGGUGGUGAAUGUACCUGUUCACCAACAUCAGUUCAAUACCAGCAAAGACAUAGAGUUUAAAACUGCCAAUGUAGUUCAGCUCAUUGAAGAUAUUCUCAGUCAAGACAAUUCUCUGAGGAAAGGAGUGAUCAUUCAAGAGGAGGUGCACAGUUGCGCUAAUGUCAUUGUUUAUUCCCUUUACAAUUACUUUGAUGAGGAAGAUGUCAAGAGAUAUAGCCCUCCACAAGGUACAGUAUCUGAUAAACCAGAGCCAGUAAGAGGUGACACAAAUAAAGAAACAAGAAAAGAUGUUUCGGAAGCAGCCAUAAGCGGCCAUCCGGACACCUCUCAAGACCAAGGUUCAAUUAGGCCGGAAAUCAAAGUGAAGGGGAAUGUAAAACUGUUCAAGAGUUGUAUUGACAAGGGAGACCUGGAGUAUUUAAAAACUCUUCAGGCUGAGGCAACAGUUCAAGAACAGGACACGGAGCUUCAAUAUGAACAGAGAGCUGAUCAGACAGAGGAAAGUACCUCAGAAUGGGUCCCAGUGGAUGUAAAGAGACUAAAAAGCAUGUUCUCUGGAGACCAAAGUCAAAUCGAACCAAAGAAAAAUAUCUCUGACAAUCGAGUUCCAUCUGCCACCAUUGGUCACGCAUUUACAGAUCAAAAUGUCUCACAUGGAAAGAAUCAGUUCUCUCCAGAAUGUAGUUCAGGGAUAAACUCCAAUGUGCAGGUAAACAAUACGUUCAGGGAAUGUAGUGGUGAAGCACAAGAAGAUGUAUGUUACCUUGAAGUUUUACCUCAGACGUCUAAACUGCAUUUUGACCAGCAAGAUGACGAUAGCGUUCACCAAGCAGAGUUAGUUGAGGUGAUAGAUGACAGUGACGAGAUCUUUAACCUUCAAACUGCAAUCCAGAGCCUCCAACAGGCCACAAUUGAGGCCAAAUCACUGUGCCACUCCUCAGAGGAAAAACAAAAAAUCCUUACUGAAGAAUCUCCUGGCCCCAAACACUCAAGAACAGAAGCAAAGUUACCUCAAGAAAAUGAGGAUCAAUCAGCCUCCAACUUCAUCCCAGUACAUAAAUCAGACUUCCAACAGAAAAACAUAGAGGCAUGCCAUGAAGAAACCAAUUCUGCCGAUGUGCAAAUGACUGAGACAUGCGGCAAAGAAUGUCAAAAAGGCACAGUGGCAGUGCAGAAACAAACUACUACAGUAUCUGAAAGUAGUUCCGCAAUUACAAAGCAAGAGGACGAGGAAGUCGUUUUUGAGGGUAAAAUUCAAGCAGCUUUGGAAUCCUUGGAGAGAUCCAACAUCAACGUCUCGAGAGGAGAUUUUAAAGCUGCUAUGAUCUACAGAAACUCCUCCAGACCUCACCAAGAGAGAAUGCAAAAUGUGGAUGUGGUAUCUGUUCUAAAAUCCAGUACUGGGGAGUCUGGUCCUGUGACUGAAGCUCAAGUAACCAAUCAAGUACAAUUGAGGAAAGAGGUGACUGCAGGUAAUGCAGAGCCUCCAAACCAGACAGGAACUCCCAAUAAACCAGCUAUGAGUGUUGUGUCAGAGAAAAGCAAAAGGCCUAUUCGUCCAAAACCAGCCAUUCCACCCAAACCAGAACAUUUGAAGGUAAAAGAAAGAGAUAAUCAAUCAGCUAACAUAAAAACUCCAGAGGCAAUCCUAACUAAAACAGUAAGACUUACAGAAACAGCUCCUCAAGUUUCUCAACUUUUGCCAAAAACAUCACUUUCAUGCAAGGAUGAACAUAUACAAGAUCUGUUUAAAAUUAACAGCAGCACAGUUUUAAUACCUGAUUCAGGAGAUUGUCAAAGAAAUGAGCCAUCGGGUGAAGAUGUUUGGAUGUCUCAGGAAGCUGAAGCGAAGCAUCAAGUCCAAGGUUCAACUGUUACCUCAGAACAUGAUGACACAGAUAGAAAUUUGAUUAAUGGACAACAGGAUACGAAAGCCACAGGAGAGGAGAAAAGCCACCAGGAUGUGCCAGCCAAAGACAACUUAAAUGAAACAGAUGAAAAGCAUUUAGAUUUCCAUGAAGCAUGUCAAAAAUUUGGAGGUAAAAAGGCAAUGAAGAUCGCACCUGUAAAACCAAAAAGAGUCAAAAUUGCCCAGCCUGAUAACAAACAGCCAGGUGGGGAAAAUGUUUCUGCACACGGGGAUCCAAAACCAGUACAAAUUGUAACUGAUCCUUCAGUGAACAUCUGUGGACAAACAGCUGUGAGUAAAGACAAGCAGGAGAAAGAAAUGAAGCCAGACAGCAAAGUCGAGAUGAGGGAGAAAAAGGGACGAACGGAAACAGAAGAUGAGCGCCGACAGCGACUGUCGGUUCACAUGGACGAGAUCAUGAGGGGGAACAUGACGGCGGCAAUGGAGAUUUUUGACAACUUGCGAAAGCAGGAGGAACUGGAGAGCAUUCUGAGUCGAGUUGAAGAAAUUGAACAGGACACGAGUGAUGUUGAUGUGAGGUCUCUGAGGAGAGUAUUCGAGGACGUUCCUGACUGGGUUGUCAGCUCUGACGAAGAGAAACAAAGGAAGGUUAAGGUAGAAGACAAAUCGCUGCCAUUAUUGAGAGAAAGCACUGAAAGCAAGUCCUCUAUGGCACAUGUGUUUGGAGACCUUGAGCGAGCUAGUGAGGAAAUCAUGAAUUUGAAAGAACAGACUUUAGCCAGACUUGUGGACAUAGAGCAAGCCAUAAAGAAGGCACUUUUUUCCGUCUCUACACUGAAAUCUGAUUCAGAUAUUGCUGGUUUGUCUUGUCUAUUCAGAGAGUCCCUAGGGACUGUGAAAGACUCUCCAUCCUCUGGCAAUAUUAGCAAAAUUAGCAUUGGAUCAAGCAGAACGAAGGCACAGGAAAGCGCUAAAACACAAGGAAGCACAGGUAAGCCAGCUAGACAAAGCAUUGAAGUAGCCUCUGCAAAACAGCGAUCAAGCCCCCUAUCUUCACCUGCGUUUAUCUCCAUCCAGUCAGCAGCUAGAAAGAUGGAUAAAAGAGGUGCAGCACUGGAAACCUCAAUCUGCCCGGCAUGUAAGGAGAGUCCAAAGCUGGAGGAGAAAUUUCGGACAACAAAGACACUGACGUGCAACAGCCCUGCUCAAAACAGAAGAAGAAACCCCAGAAAAGGAGGUCAAAAACAGUCCACUUCCAGCCCACUUAACCCUCAUCGAGAGCUCAGUGUGCUCGAGGUGCACACCGACCGUGAAGGUAACAGCAUCAUAGGGACGAAAACAGUCACUGAGAACUACGAGAGGACCGAUAACUUUGGGAACCGGUUUUACUCGACCAAAACCUCCACCGUCGUCACCACUCAGCCAGACACCACAACUACAACAUCCACAAGUCAGGCAGUGAUCAGUCCAACGACAUACCAGGUCACCACGUAUCCGGAAGUUCAGCUGCCAAUCAAUCAGAUUAACCCCUUCAUGCCUAAAUAGCCAAAUACUGGCAGUGUUUUUCAUGUUUUUUUCUGGGAAUGUUGUGAUGUACAUAACUUUAUUUGCUAAGAAACUAUUUAGUGCAGGUUUGUUUAUUUAUGAAGUCAUCACUGGUGUAAGAUUUUCUUUUUCCUAUGUGUUUGGUUAUUGAUUUUUAGCUUGAAUUCUUUAAAACUGUGUUUGAUUUGUAUUUUAAAAGUAAAAUCACAUGUUGAGUUUUGAUUUUGUAUUCGAUAUGAAUGCUUAUGUCAAGAAAUUAUUUUUUGUUCCCGCUAA